UUUGUUAAAAUCUCUGGUGUAAUGUAAUUACUGUAACAUAUUUUCCUGUGGUGGGGGUGCAACGGCCAAUCAGAAACGAGUGCUGUAGGAAAACAAACGCGGUGAUUGGCCGAGACACUGCGGCGGUUUCAAGGCGCCUCGCGCUCGGCCGGAGGGGAGGGGGUCCAGUGAAUGGAAUGGGCGCCUGGAAACCGGUGGAAUCUGCACAGAGUGAGGAGCGCGAGCCUCCGGACUUCCAACCGCCCAGCAUGUGAAGCGACUCGCUGCGCGAACUUAAGUCGACAAACAGUGGAAAUACUAAGCAUUUACGCCUUUAUCCUGCAUCGUUCAGCGCUAAAGUAAGUAGUUGUAAAAGUUAAGUAAGCUGGACUAAGGUGAAAUUGCAUUGUUUGGAGAAAACAGGACUUUUGAACGGACCGGGAGUCAGAGUGGACUGCUUGGAGUCACUUACAAAGACCAUUAAGAAGUCAUGACAUGACGAGUGUUUCUCUUGGAUUUAUCUUCAUUACACGCGGGAGAAAAGUCAAUUACAAUCAUUUAAACUGAAAUUACUUGGACUUCUAGUCAAGUAUUUGGACAUUUAUUGAAAAUUUCUUUCCAUUUUCCACCAUUUUUGAGUCGCCCUACUUGGAUCAAAGUUUUUCCUUCCCUCCCCCCUCCUCCUCAACUAUGGCGGCGGCCAGGUUCACCACUGGCUCCGUGUUUCUGCGGAUCAUGUGGCUGCUGUGCGGGCUCUCCUUUUUCUCACCCGCUUCUGCCCAGCAUUACAACAGUGAGAGUGGAAUAUCCGUCCCGGAACACGGCUUCUGUCAGCCCAUCUCCAUCCCGCUCUGCACCGACAUCGCCUACAACCAGACCAUCAUGCCGAACCUCCUGGGCCACACGAACCAGGAGGACGCCGGACUUGAGGUGCACCAGUUCUACCCUCUCGUUAAGGUCCAGUGCUCUGCGGAUCUGAAGUUCUUCCUUUGCUCAAUGUAUGCUCCCGUGUGCACCGUGCUGGAGCAGGCCAUCCCCCCGUGUCGGUCCCUGUGUGAGCGGGCACGGCAGGGAUGUGAAGCCCUGAUGAAUAAAUUCGGCUUCCAGUGGCCGGAGCGGCUGCGCUGCGAGGCUUUCCCCGUCCACGGAGCCGGGGAGAUCUGCGUCGGCCAGAACACGUCGGAACCGGGUACCCCGGCCUCCUCUUCUUCUCCCUACGCACCGGACCCAAUUACUCUCCCCCCCAAAAUGGGAAGACCGAACCAGCACCCUUCACAACCAAACCAGUACCACCAGUUCUCCUGCCCGCUGCAGCUGGAAGUGCCCUCCUACCUGGGCUACAGAUUCAUGGGGGUCAAAGACUGCGGAGCCCCCUGCGAACCUACCAAACCAACCGGGAUCAUGUACUUCCGAGAGGAUGAGGUAAAGUUCGGCCGGCUUUGGGUCGGGAUCUGGUCCAUCCUAUGCUGUGUGAGCACCUUGUUUACGGUGCUCACCUAUCUAGUGGACAUGAGACGGUUCCGAUACCCCGAGCGGCCCAUCAUCUUUCUGUCUGGCUGUUAUUUUAUGGUGGCGGUAGCCUACGCCGCCGGGUUUUUCCUAGAAGACCAAGUAGUCUGCGUGGAUAAAUUCAAGCCGGACGGCUACAGGACAGUGGCUCAGGGGACCAAAAAAGAGGGCUGCACAAUCCUUUUCAUGGUGUUAUACUUUUUCGGCAUGGCCAGCUCCAUCUGGUGGGUGAUUUUGUCUCUGACUUGGUUCCUUUCUGCCGGGAUGAAAUGGGGCCACGAAGCGAUUGAAGCCAACUCCCAGUACUUCCACCUAGCCGCGUGGGCUGUCCCGGCCAUCAAAACCAUCACCAUCCUCGCCAUGGGCCAGGUGGACGGGGACGUCCUUACGGGGGUGUGUUUCGUGGGGAUCUUCAACGUGGACGCCCUCCGCGGUUUUGUCCUGGCCCCCCUUUUCGUCUACCUGUUCAUCGGCACGUCCUUCCUCCUGGCCGGCUUCGUAUCUCUAUUCCGGAUCCGCACCAUCAUGAAGCACGACGGCACCAAGACAGAGAAGUUGGAGAAGCUGAUGGUGCGGAUUGGCGUCUUCAGCGUCCUCUACACGGUACCGGCCACCAUCGUGAUCGCCUGUUACUUCUACGAGCAAGCCUUCAGGGAGCACUGGGAGCGCACCUGGCACAUGCAGACCUGCAAGCGCUUCGCUGUGCCCUGCCCGGUGCACAACUUCGCCCCCAUGACCCCGGACUUCACCGUGUUCAUGAUCAAAUACCUGAUGACCAUGAUAGUCGGGAUCACCUCCGGUUUCUGGGUCUGGUCCGGGAAAACGCUUCAGUCGUGGCGGCGGUUCUACAAGCGGCUCAGUAACGGCAGCCACGGAGAGACGACGGUGUGAAGUUUGGAGCUCCCGUUACCUGAGAAUGAGGUCGAAUAGCUUUCAUUUUUACCACACUUAUGGAUGUAUUUUUGAUCAUUUUUUUUCUGUUACAAGGUUGUGGCGCAAAUCCAGGCCUUUGAACACAACCAAAACUUUAACAGAUGCCACAAAAGCUGGCUUAAAUUUCAUUAUUCUUCUCUCUUUUUUCUGCCCACAAUCUUUGCUUUUGCAUUUUAAAAAAAAGUUGGAUUUUAGCCUAAAUAAUCAUAAUGAUUACUGGACUGUAAUGCCAGACUUGUUAUGAAACUCCCCGCAUAUUAUCCAUUAUAUCCUUGUAUUACUAUUUGAAUGUACUUCCUCUCAGCUCUUUUAAGAAAUUGUCACAAAAAAGACUGCAAACUGCAAGAAAAGGUCAAAGUUCAGAUCCCUCCAACAGCCACACCCCCUCUGACUGUGAAUUCAAUACUUGGGGCGUUUUAAGUUACUCUGCUUUUAGCUAAAGACUGAAAAGCUUUAAUACACAUGUUAGAUUUUGCAGAGUACAAUCUCUUUGUUUUUGUUUUAUACACCAGCUCUGCCAUUAUGUGCCAAGUGGCUGCCCACAAAUCAAAACUUUUGCUUCCUUUUUUUUCUUAAAUAUUUUUUCCUGUAUUGAAUGUUCACUCCGAAGGUGAAUGAAGUUUUUAUGUAUUUGUUUGCACAUCUAUCCUAAGUGUUAAAAAAUAUGAUUUACACCACAGAUUGACCUGGAUCUAACACUUAGAGAGACCACACACACAUACACCUCCACUCUCUGUAAUUAAGACACACCAACUCAUUGUUUGUCUCUGUGUGUGGUCUCCUAUCUAAAAGACUUUUUUCUUUUUUUUGUUUGUUUGAUCCUUUAAGACAUCCAAAGCACCAUUUCAACCCAUCCAGAUUUAAUUCGAAAGGCUGCUCUGGGUUUUUGUUUCAUCCUGGAUUAAGAUGACUGUACACGCUCAUGCCGGUUUUCUUGUAAUUUCACUUGAAGUGUUUAAAGGUUUCUCUUUUUCCCAAGUAGACUGAACAUGUUGGAACUUUUGUUAAAUUGUCAUGAUUUUAGUGUCUAUGCUGCCUCACAAAACUCCUCAAACCACAGAGAAACUUGAGGUUUUUAUCUGGAAGGUAGCAGAGAGUCAAAAGGUCAAAGCCAGGUGGGAGUUCAGCAGUGUUGAAUCUAAGGGCAGUAAAACAAGUUAAUAUAUAUAUAUUUUAAAUAACUUGCAGUCUUUUCAUAAAAUAGUAGGGAAACUUAAUGCUGUUACUGUUGAAAUAAAACAUUUUCAGGACAGAGCAUUUUGUAGUGUUGAAAUGUAAACCCUUUUAGUAAGUGGUGCCAGUAGAACUCGGAUCACACCGCACAGGUUUAAUAAAAAAGAAAACGUUAUUUCUGUGUGACAUUAACACCAAUUACCAGGUUUCACAUCACAUAAAUGCUGAUGCAGCUAAAACGAGAGACAGACACUGCAGUUCUCUGAAUUGUAUUUGCAAGAUAGUGAAAGGAUUACAGCUGCUGGCGCCUCUGUAAUUGGUGACAAUAACAAUAAAGUUAUCAGUGAUUUGUUCUGCUUCGCAGGCUGCUAUUCCUCGCAGAGCAUUGGUCAAAUGAGAAAAUGACCUCUCAGACUUGAGUAAUGAAAUCAGUUGGAGUCAUUGUGGGGAAGCAGAAAAACAUGUUUUCACCCUGAGUCAGCCGUUAGGCAGCAGACGAGUGCCUGUAGCUUUUGUUUCUUUCCAUGCAGUACAUUUUCUCUGCAUAGGUCACACACAUGCAUACACAUAAGUAAUGAACGGGAACGCUCCAGCAAUGAGGGAUGACUCGUAUUACAGAGCUGGUAUUGGUACUGUGUCCUGAAUCCUUGUGUUGUUAUAAUAAUAAUAGUAAAACUGCAUACUUUGUACCAGUCUUCAUAUUAUAUGUUAAAGCAGUGUGUAUAUAGGAAAUGCCAAUGUUCCCAUGUGAAUUUACCACAUACCUCAAAGCCUGGGUACAAUUUGUUUGUAGGACUGAGUUAGGAAACGUUUCCCUUCACUCAUCACCUAACAAUGCAGAGCAGGUCUGUGUUACCAGACCGACUGCACUGUUUGUGUUUUCAGAAGGAAUAAGAGUGUUUUUAUCACAACAUAUGCAAGGUACCAAGUAAACACAGACUGAGUUUUUUAAAAGCAUAAUGUAUUUAUGGGGGGUACUCAUAUUUUUGUCUUCUUUUUUUUUUUAACUUGUUUUUUAAAAUGAGAUAAGCCUGAUGUACGUGUACAGUUUGAAUAAAAAGCGAUAAAGUUUGUAA